GUUUAAGCCUAGCGACAUCUUAGGCUUAAGGUGUGGUGAGCGUUGCGAGCGAUCGAAACGGGUGAUUUGGCGUAUUCAAAGUCUAAAUUCCCGACACCAUGAGUGGAAGUAGUCACGGGGAGGUCGUUAUUAUAGAAGAAGGGGAGAUGGAAGUGGUGCAGCACGAAGAUCUCCCCUCGUCCAAAGAGAAGAAAUCGAUGCUGUCGAUGUUGGCCGAGGUUGCGUCGGCUACCCUGAGCACUCCGAAUGCGAAAAACAAGACGUCCAAGAUGACGCUCGAGCAAAUCAAGGCGUUGAAACCUUCGACGUUGGUCGACCUUUUCGCCAUAUACAAAACCGAUGAAGCUGGCACCAAAUUCUGCUUCAUGUGUCGGCUGCUGCCGGAUAAAUGCAGAGCUGCUUUCUGGAGCCACACUGGGAACGAAGUCAGGGCUCGUCAGCUCAUGCAGUGUCACCUCUACGAGCACAUACAAGAAAUCGAGAAGGACGCUUCAAUAGUCCAGGUGGAAGAGGGGGAUCAGGUCUACGAAAACUCCGAAGUCAUCGAGGUCAUCGAGAUAGCCGGACGGCAGAGGACAACAAGUUCUUCAUCUGCCACUCUGAGCGCCUCGGAAGUAGAAGAUAACGACCAAGACGGAGAGCCCUUGUUCCACCCACGCGCGUUGAAUCCUCUCGAGACUGGCGAUGAUUGGACCACUCUUGAAGAGCUCUCGGAUCACUUCUAUACCCAUCCGUGCGGGCCCGCCGAAGUCCCGCGGGAGAAGCACGUCACACAGGAGAUCAAGUUCGAAGCGGACGGUUCCCAUAACCUAAAUCCGGAGCCCCCCGUUUGUAUUUCUACCCCACCGUGGCCUUCUAUCUAUACGCCUUUGCUGCCGAAUAUUUCCGAGAUCGAAAACAUUCGAGCCGAACCGAUACCGGAGUCAUCGUCCGAAGAAGAAGAGGAAGAGCCGGAGGAGGUCUCUGUCCAGUAUGUUGUUGAACAGGUUCCUCAGGAACAGUACGGCACCACUACGAAAUACGUUUAUGAAGGUAACAUCGAAGAUACCAUGCAAUUUGUCAAGACAUUUCACGUCAUUCCUGAAUUGAGGCAACGUCGAUCUGACGGGCCGUGUAUGCGUUCCAGAUGCGAGCGGCGUGCUCUACGAAUGCCAGGACAAUAG